UCAGACCAUCCACAGCCUGACACCUGAUAGCUCCAGUGUGGCGCACAGUAUGGUCAGGAAGACGGAAAGCUGGCGUUGUUAGUUUGGAAACAUGCGGCGGAAAGAGAGCACACCGUCAACAGCAGGAGACCAACUUAAAGCUUUGCCUCUGACAUUAGAGGACGUCUAGUCCUGCUGAAGGAGUCCCCGCGCGUAACUCGCGCAGCCCAUUAGGCGCAUUUUAUGGAGAUCUAUAGAUGACAAGACCUGCGCGCUGCGGGUUGCUCUCAGCAUCUACUGGGAUCUCUAAUGUGGAACAUGGCGAGAGGGAUGAGGGCAGCUCAUCUCCUCGCUUUAAUUUGUACCUUUUCAACAACACUUUUCAGGGACGCAGAUGGCCAAGAAACUUUUGACGACUUAACAGGUUUUAGUUUGAGUCCUCCGUAUUUCAACCUCGCUCACGGGUCUAGUAUCUCCGCCACAGCAACCUGCGGACAGGAUGAGGCUGGGAGACCGAGAAAUGAUUUAUACUGCAAACUUGUCGGAGGACCAACCAACAGAGUUCUUACUCAAAAUAUACAGGGUCAGUUCUGUGAUUACUGCAACUCUGCUGAACCAAACAAAGCCCACCCGGUGACCAACGCCAUCGACGGGACAGAGCGUUGGUGGCAGAGCCCUCCUCUCUCCAGGGGACUGGUCUACAAUGAAGUGAAUGUUACCCUGGACCUUGGGCAGCUCUUCCAUGUGGCGUACGUCCUCAUCAAGUUUGCAAACUCACCUCGUCCUGACCUCUGGGUCCUGGAGCGCUCUGUAGACAACGGGAGAACCUUUAUCCCUUGGCAGUAUUUUGCACAUUCAAAGCAUGAAUGUAUUGAAAAGUUCGGAAAGCAGCCCAAUGCUCGUAUAUUAAGUGAUGAUGACCAAGUCUGCACCACAGAAUACUCACGGAUCGUCCCUCUGGAGAACGGAGAGAUUGUGGUGUCUCUGGUCAAUGGUCGGCCGGGGUCCAGAAACUUCACCUACUCGCCAGUUCUGCGAGACUUCACGAAGGCCACCAACAUCCGCCUGCGCUUCCUCCGCACCACCACCUUGCUGGGACACCUUAUCUCCAAGGCCCAGAGAGAUCCCACCGUCACACGCAGGUAUUACUACAGUAUCAAAGACAUUAGUAUCGGAGGACGCUGCGUUUGUCAUGGGCAUGCACAGGUGUGUGGUGGGGCGAGUAACCAGGACAAUCCAAACAGACUCCAGUGUGAGUGCCAACACAACACCUGCGGUGAGUCAUGUGACCGGUGCUGUCCAGGAUUUAACCAGAAGCCUUGGCGUGCUGCAACUGUUGACAGCCCCAAUGAGUGUGAACCCUGCCAGUGUUUCUCCCAUGCCUUUGACUGUUAUUACGACCCAGAGAUGGAAAGGAGGGGAGCAAGUUUAGACACCUUCGGCAGGUUCAACGGAGGAGGAGUGUGCAUCAACUGCCAGCACAACACAGCUGGUGUGAACUGUGAGCAAUGCCUCGAAGGUUUCUACAGACCUUACGGAGUACCUCCAGAGUCACCCACUGGAUGCAUACGCUGCAGGUGUGAUGAAAGGACUACAGCCGGAUGUGAAAUGGGGUCUGGAAGGUGUAUCUGCAAGCCACAGUUUACUGGAGAAUACUGUGAUCGCUGUGCUGACGGAUACUAUUACUACCCUCAGUGUAUUCGAUAUCCCGUAUACCAGACGACCACCGAAUCCCCUGCAGGACCUAUUGUGGGGCCCACUGCCUGCCCUCAAGGCUAUUUUGGCUCCCCAAGCUGUCAGCAGUGUAUAUGCGACUACAGAGGAACAGCGUACGGGGUGUGCGAUGCUUCAGGACGCUGCCUGUGUCGUCAGGGUGUGGAGGGAGAGCGAUGUGACCGCUGUCAACCAGGAUAUCACUCCUUCCCAAACUGCCAGGCGUGUCUCUGUGAUGGUGCUGGUGUGGCCAACAGUGUGUGCAGUCCGAGUGGCCAGUGUGUUUGCUUUCCCAACUAUGGGGGGCAGGAGUGUGAUGGAUGUUCACCAGGCUACUAUGGAUACCCAGACUGUGCUGCCUGCCAGUGUUCACAGGAAGGCUCAUAUGGUAGCAUAUGCAACCCACUGUCCGGUCAAUGCCUAUGUCUCCCAGGGGUGGUGGGCCAGCAGUGUGACCGCUGUGCCUCUGGACUCAGGUUCCCCCGUUGUUCAGCCCCCAUCAGUGUGUGCAACCCAGCAGGAACUGAGCUUGCUGAUCCUCAAACGGGCUCCUGCCGCUGCCUAACAAACGUAGAGGGAACCCUGUGUGACAGGUGUAAACCCCUUCACUGGAAUCUGGCUACAAAUAACCCUCGUGGCUGUAUAGAGUGUCAGUGUGAUGUGAAAGGCACCCUGAGUGGUGUGGGAGAGUGUGAACAGAAAAGUGGAAAGUGUCACUGUAAGCCUAACACAUGCGGACAUGCAUGUGACACCUGUAAGAAUGGCUACUUUCUGCUGCAGAAAAAGAAGUAUUUUGGUUGUGAAGGUUGUCAGUGUGAUGCAGGUGGUGCCGUUGGCAUGGCUUGCGAUGAGAUAUCGGGACGAUGUCAGUGUCGGGAGAAUGUAGUUGGCCUUAAAUGCACUGAGCCAGCACCGAGCUACUAUUUUCCCACUCUGCACCAACUAAAGUUUGAAGUUGAAGAUGGCACCACACCAAAUGCUAGACCAGUACGCUUCGGUUAUAACCCCCAAGAGUUCCCAGAUUUCAGCUGGAGAGGUUAUGCCGUAAUGUCUCCUGCACAGAGUGAGGUCAGAGUUACAGUGCAUGUUGACCCAAAUGAUGGGAGGCAGCACUUAUUCCGUGUGGUUCUGCGGUUCACUAACCCGAGCAGCACCAGUGUGACAGGUAGCAUCAAGGCUACCAAUAACAGAGGCACUGCAGCAGGGUCAGAUCAGAGUAAGGAAGUAAUAUUCCCUGAGAGUCCCUCCCCAUCGUUCCUCACUGUCCCAGGAGAAGGCUUCGCUGAGCCCUUUGCAUUGACACCCGGGAAAUGGAUCAUACACAUAAAGGCAGAGGGGGUUCUGCUGGACUAUUUAGUGCUGCUGCCCCGGGAUUAUUAUGAGGCACCUUUGCUGCAGGAAAAGAUCACUCAGCCCUGCACAUACUUACCGACUGCAAACAGAGACACAAACUGUCUGCUGUAUAAGCAUGUAGCCAUGGAUGGCUUCAGCUCUGCACUUGGUGCACAAGGAAAACUCUCGAGUCGCAGCGGGCGCAGAAGGAGGCAAGCUCGUGUGCGGCGUCCCACCUCGGAUCACCCUGAGAUGGCCGAUCUCAGUGGCAGACAGUCGCAACUCCAGCUGAGUCUACGCGUGCCUCAUCCUGGUCCAUACGCCCUUGUCCUGGAGUAUGCCAGCGAGGUGGACACUGUCCAGAAUGUCAACAUACUAAUCAGUGGCCAGUCAGGUGACCACAUCCCAGCCAGAGCCAACAUUUACAGUUGUGCCUACAGCUUUUUGUGCCGGAGUGUGGCAGUGGACAGCAAUAAUCAGGUGACGAUGUUGCAGCUUUCUCACAAGACAGAGAUCCUUCUGCAAACUUCCACUGCAACAUUCCUGCUGUAUAAAGUGUAUGCAGUCCCUGCAGAAGAGUUCUCCAUUGAGUAUGUGGACCCCAAGGUGCUCUGUGUCUCCACUCAUGGCCGCUUCACUGAAAACAGUCGGCACUGCAUUCUGAGGCAAUUUGACAAGCCGGCCUCAGCCUGGAUUUUGUAUGCUGCCCGCGAUGGACAGCUAUCUUCAGCACCAGCUGUUUCUCCCCAACGAGGAGAGAAUGAGGAUUACAGAUGGAGACGACAGACCGGGGUGUUCCCUGUCCAUGAACCUCAGAGUGAUGGAAUACUGCUUAAAUUCCCUCAGACGGAGAUAAGUUUCACUCCCAAUGUGCCCCUCCCGGGCAGGUAUGUAGUUGUGGUCCAUUAUCACCAGCCUGAACAUACCUCCUUCCCCGUGGAGGUCCGAGUGAACGCAGGACGUGAGUGGAAGGGUUCAAUAAAUGCAUCCUUCUGCCCUGCGGUCACAGGCUGUAGAGAGGUUGUGAUCGCUGAUGAUCGCAUUGCCCUUGACUUUGACCAGAAUUCUUGGCAGCAGCCCACCAUCUCUGUGAUCGUGCCACCUAGGAAGACGCUUAUUCUGGAUUAUAUCUUGCUGGUUCCUGACAGCAGUUACACUCCUGAUCUCCUAAGAGAGAAACCGCUGGAUAAAUCUGCAGAUUUCAUACAACAAUGCAGAGGAGAAGGUUUCUAUAUUGACCCCAGAGCUUCUUCACAGUUCUGCAGAGACUCUGCCCGUUCUCUUGCAGCAGCCUAUAAUGACGGCGCUCUACCUUGCAACUGUGACAAGUCUGGCUCCACAGGGUCCAUUUGUGACCCAGUAGGAGGACAGUGUCCCUGCAGGCGGCACGUCAUCGGUCAGCAGUGCACAAAGUGUGCCACAGGAUACUACGGCUUUCCAUACUGCAGACCAUGUGAGUGUGGCCGCCGGCUGUGUGACGAGGUGACAGGAAGGUGUAUCUGCCCUCCUCAGACAGUCAAACCAGCCUGUGAUGUGUGUCAGAGUCAGACUUUCAGCUACCACCCUUUGCUUGGCUGCGAAGGCUGCGAGUGCUCUCCAAACGGCAUUAAAGCCAACGCAGGACCUGAGUGUGACCGCAUCACCGGACAAUGCAGUUGCAAGCCGAGGAUUGGGGGCAGGCAGUGCGAUCGCUGUGCUCCAGGUUAUUAUCGCUUCCCUGACUGUAUACCUUGCAACUGUAAGCAAGGUGGUGUCACACCAGACGUGUGCCACCCAGACACUGGGAGAUGUCUCUGCAAGAGAAAUGUUGCUGGUGUCAAGUGUGAUACAUGUCGGCAAGGUUCCUUCUUUUUUGACCCUUACAACCCUCAUGGCUGUACCAGUUGCUUCUGCUUCGGAGCAACUGACCGGUGUCAGAGCUCCAGCAAACGCAGGGGGAAGUUUGUUGGGAUGCAGGCCUGGCGUUUGGAAAGCCCUGACCAGGAGGAGGUCAUCUCUGUGCUGAACACAGCCAGUAACACAGUGGUGGCAGACAUCCAGGAGCUUCCUCCCACAAUUCAGACUCUACACUGGGUGGCACCAUCGUCCUACUUGGGAAACAGAGUUUCUUCUUAUGGUGGUUUCCUCACCUACCAGUCCAAAUCCUUUGGGAUUCCCAGUGAGGGCAUGACACUGUUGGACAGAAGACCUGAUGUUGUGCUGACUGGUCGGAAUAUGACCCUGAUCCACAUGGCUCCACAAGUCCCACUUCCAGACAGGCUGUAUCAGGGCAGAGUCCAGCUCCUGGAGGGAAACUGGCGCCAUGCUAUCACCAACAGACCUGUCUCCAGAGAGGAGCUGAUGAUGGUCCUAGCUGGUCUGGUUGGUCUGAGGAUCCGAGCCCUGUACUUUACUCAAACUCAGCGGCUCAGCUUAGGCGAGGUGGGCCUCGAAGGGGCGACUGAUACAGGGACUGGUGGUCCUGGAAACACUGUGGAAGAUUGUUCCUGCCCUCCUCAGUACACCGGAGACUCCUGUGAGAAAUGUUCUCCUGGUUACUACAGAGAUGGCAGUGGGCCUUUCCUGGGCCGCUGUGUGCCCUGUCAGUGCAACGGCCUGGCUGAUGAAUGUGAAGAGAAGACAGGGAGGUGCCUGAACUGUCAGUACAACACAGCUGGGGAUCGAUGUGAACGCUGUAAGGAAGGUUACUAUGGCAACGCGGCUCAGAGGACAUGCAGAGUUUGCCCCUGCCCAUUCAGCGUGGCCACAAACAGUUUUGCAAUAGGUUGCAGAGAAGUCUUUGGAGACUUCCAGUGUAUAUGCAGAGCCGGUUACACUGGGGACAAGUGUGAGAGCUGUGCUCCUGGUUACUAUGGUGAUCCACUGACACCAGGAGGAAGUUGUCGGCCUUGUAACUGCAAUGGCAAUGGUAACAACUGUGAUCCCAGGACUGGAGUUUGCAAGAACACACUGGAGCCAGGCGACACAAACACUGAUGAGAACUGCCAAGAGUGUGAUAACUGUGCCCAGACUUUACUACACGAUCUAGAGAAGUUGGAUGAUGAGCUGGGAAAAAUCAAGGGCCAACUGGACAACGCCAAUGCCAGCAUGUCCUCUCAGGACAGGCUGAAGAAGCUGGAACAGGCCCUGUACGACACCAAGAUUCUUGUCAACAAAUACAGCACCACCAUCAACACCCAAAAAUCUAGAGUCAACCAGCUGAAAGAUGACACAAAGAAUCUCUCAGAUGACAUCAGCUCCCUCAAAGACAAGGCAGAUGAAAGGGCUAAUGAGGCUGACAUGGCUGUGGAAGAUGUUGAAAGAACCCACAGGAGGGCUAAAGAUCUGGACUCAGAGAUUCGAAACACUCUCAAGAAAAUCCAAGCGCUGCUGGACCAACUAAACGAAGGCAGUGGAAGUGGUACCCCAGCACCUGGUGGAAACCUGUCUAAAAUGCUAGAAGAUGCUCAGCGCAUGGUGGAUGAGAUGAACAAUAAGAACUUCACCCCUGAAAAGAAAGCUGCUGACAAAGAAAGAGACGAGGCCAAGAAACUGCUAGACUACAUCAAAACUAAUGUAAGUAAGCAGUGUGACCAGAAUGAGGCUGCAGCAAAGAAGAUUCAGGGCCUUUUGAAGGAUUAUGAGGACAAGCUGAAAGACCUGGACAAAGCUAUCAAGGAGGCAGCAAACUUGGUGAAAAUAGCCAACACCCAGAAUGGACUGAAUGCUCAGGCACUGAGAGAUCUGCAGGAACGCAUCGAAGACUUAAAAAAGGACCGGAAGGUAGUCGAGAGCAAGAUGGCCAUGGCAGAAGAUGAGCUGCAGAAAACACAGGAUUUGGAGAAAAUGCUAUCCAACAGCAAAAUGGAAUAUGAACAGCUGGCAGCACAAAUGGAUGGUGCCAAGACUGACUUGACCAAGAAGGUGAAUGAGAUUUCCAAGGCUGCAGCCAAGGGGGACAUUGUGGAGGCAGCAGAGGAACAUGCUAAGAACCUCGCCAAGCUGGCAAAGGACCUUGAGGAUACCGUGAAGAAUGCAAGUGGACGCAGUGAAGUGCGUAACGCCAAAGAUGCUAUUGAUGCCUACAAGAACAUCACAGAUGCAAUUAAUGCUGCUGAGAUUGCAGCUAAGGAGGCCAAAGAUGCAGCAGACAACGCCUUGAAUAAUGUAAAAAAACAGAACCUGACAGAAAGAGCCAAAAACCUGAAAAAGAACGGCGAAAACCUGCUGCAGAAUGCAAACCAGGCGGAGAAAGACCUCGAAAACGCUGCAAAUAACCUUACUGACCUGACGGAGCGCAUGCAGAACGCUGACGAGAAGAAGAAAGCUCUUCUGAAAGACCUGCUUGAUGCAGAGAACCAAUUAAAAAACAUCAAGAGAGAUGACAUCGGUAAUAUAAUUGAUGAAGCCAAGAGGAAGGCAGCUUCAGCCAAUAGCACGGCCACUGACACCAUGAACAAACUGAAUGACAUCAGGAAAGAAGUUGACAAGAUCAAUGUCAGUCCUUCGGACGCCAACCUGAAAAAUGUGUUGGAUGGUGUGGACCAGACAGUGAAGGACUUGUUGAAAACUAUCCCAUCUCUGGAUGAUAAGAUCUCAGAGGUGGAGAACCUGACCUCGCAGUUCUCCACUAGCAACAUAACUGAGAACAUCAAGAAGAUCAAAGAGCUCAUUGAACAAGCCCGGGAUGCAGCUAACAGGAUUGUGGUCCCAAUGAAGUUCACAGGUGAUGGCCAUGUGGAGCUGCGUCCACCAAAGAAUCUGGAUGAUCUGAAGGCCUACACAGAUCUGUCUCUGUCGCUACAGAGACCUCUUACCAGUGGAGAUAGGGGAGAUGGAAGACGCCGACGCAGACAGACCAGUUCCAAAAAUGACAUGUUUGUGUUGUACCUUGGCGGCAGAGAUUCUAAGAACUACAUAGGUAUGGUCCUGAGAAACAACGUGCUGUACGGGGUGUACAAGCUUAACGGAGAAGAGCUGGUGAUGAAAACAGGUUUCAUCACUAAAUCUUCAUUUGAGCAGGCCAUGUUUGAUAGCGUGGAACUACACAGAAUUUAUCAAGAUGCGGAGAUGGUCCUCACCAAAUACUCCGCCGGAUCCUCAGGCAGCCAGCCAAUUAAGAAAAGCGAGCAAGGACAGGACAUCAAGAACCUCCUGGAUCUCACUCCCAAUGAUAUUGUUUUCUAUGUUGGAGGCUACCCUAGCAAUUUCACUCCACCAGAUUCUCUCAAGUACCCCGGGUACCAUGGCUGCAUUGAGUUCUCCUCUUUUAACGACAAAGUCAUCAGCCUCUAUAACUUCAAAAAUGCAGAGAAGAUCAAUCCUGAGCCUCCAUGCAAGAGAUAUAAAUCACGAGGGGACACCAGCUACUUUGAAGGCACUGGAUAUGGAAAAAUGAAAAUAGAUUCUAAACUCUACAUCAGUAUGAAUGUCUACACUCGUUCAGAAAACGGCCUGCUGUUAUACAUGGAAAAUGAGGGCACUUACUUCACCUUAACCAUGGAGAAGGGCAUCAUUUUUCUACGUAGUAAUUUGCUUGAAGCUGCUACAGAUAAUGUGAAAAUAUUCCCGAGGGACAACUUUGCAGACGUCCUGUUCUAUGCUGCCAAUAACAAAAUAAUAGUCCGGGCGAACAGUAAACAGGUAGUCAGCCGCGAUCUUCCCUACGACUACAGCAAAUUUAAAGAAUGCUACAUUGGUGGUGCCCCACAAGAUCUGAGGGAGAGAGAUAACAUCACCAUGCGGCCAUUCAAAGGAUGCAUAAAGGACUUAAAGCUGAAUAGAAAUCAUAAAACUCUCGAUGAGGAAGUGGGCAUCAGCAACGGUUGUCCUAAGGAUUCCAUGGUUACACGUAAAGCAGAGUUUAACUUGGGGAGCUCCCUGUCAUCUGACCUCGCAGGCUUUAGUCUGGCUGGUAAUGUUAGUGUCUCCCUUGGGUUCAAGAGCACAGAGAAUCAGGGUCUCAUUCUGCAGUACAAAAAGGCGAGUGAAGGGUUGAUGAAUAUUGCAUUGCAAAAUGGCUAUGUGAUUGUCACUUUGAGCAGUGACAUGUGGAAAUCAAACAAACAAUAUAAUGAUGGCCAGUGGCAUUAUGUGACUGCAAAGAGAACAUCUGGAAGGACUGAGGUUAUUAUCGACGAUGAAGACAUAGCUCAGCCGCACAGUGGCAGCUCUUCCACAGCUGACACAGCUGGCUCCUUGGUCCUGGGACAAAAUGAGUUCAAAGGCUGCAUUUCCAACCUCUACACAAGACGGCCAGAUCAUCUGUACAAGGCUGAGGAUUUCAGCACCUUCGGUUCUUCUGGGAAUGUCUUCGUGGAUGUCUGCACUGCAGACAGUCCUGCUCAACAGAUGCUGGACCGCAGCCCAAAGAGGGAUGGUGUGAUGCAGGUGAUAAAUGAGAGUCUAUCAGAGUGUGCUUUACCAGCCCUGGUUCAACAUGCUUAUCGUAUGGGCGGCCCUAGUAGCAGCCUGAGUUACAGCCUUCCAUUCCAGGUCCUGCAACCAAGACCUCACUUUUCUCUAGAUGUCAGGACUCGAGCUCCUGAGGGCCUUCUGUUCUUUGCUACUACCAGAGGGGGGCGCUCUCAUCUUGCUUUAUACAUAUCCAAAGGCAGGAUAAGACUGUCUGUAGGCAAACAGAAGGAGAUCUUCAACAGGGAGAAGUACAAUGAUGGGAAAUGGCACUCGAUCAUAUUCAGUUUGGAGAAGAAGAAAUUUCGAUUGGUUGUGGAUGGGAUCAGAGCCCAGGAUGGCCAGCUGACAAAUGCUGAAUUGACAUCCAUGCAGCAAUUUGUGUCACCUAUGUAUCUCGGCAGUGUCCCAGAGUCUCUCCACAAGGAAUUGAAGUCGAAGGCCCUCCCAAAGCAAAGUGUGUCUGGCUGUAUCCGCAAUUUUAAAAUGAACGGGGCAGCGAUGUCAAAUCCAACCACAAACCAUGGUGUUGGCCCCUGCUUCGAGGGACAGACACAAAGAGGGGCCUAUUUCUCAGGGAAUGGAGCACAUGUCAUCAUCAAUGACUCCUUUGUUGUGGACCCCAGCUUUGAGCUGCUGUUUAGUAUUCGUCCACGGAGUCCGACUGGACUCCUGCUACAUGUUGGUGAUUUCAGCAGGAGCCAAAAUGGAAUUACGAUGAGCCACUAUCUCAGUGUCUACAUGCUCAGUGGAGAGGUAGUGGCACAAGUGAACAAUGGAAAAGGGGAUUUCAUGGUGUCGGUGAAGCCAAAAGCUUCUUUAUGUGAUGGAACAUUUCAUAAAAUCUCAGUAAUCAAGAGGAAAAAUGUCAUACAACUGCAUGUGGACACAGUAGACAAUUACAAAAUUGGACCACCAUCUUCCACUAAUACUUUGACCAAAGACUCCUUGUAUGUGGGUGGCAUUCCUGAGAUGUCAAUGCAACAGAUGAUCCCUGUCACAUCGUCCUUUGUGGGAUGUAUCCAGGACAUGAGGAUCAACAGUGAGCCAGUCUCUUUCGACAGGUUGUCUGGUGUGUUCGGUCCAGUCAACCUCAAAGAGUGUCCGGGCUGAACGAGCGCAUCUCACUGCAUAAUCAUUAAAACAAACCCUGGGACCAUGUCCACCGCCAACCAUGUGCAAUCUGUUACCAAGACAGAGAAUGUGUUUGUUUGUAAGAAUGUAUAUAUUAUGAGGAGUGUGUUUCAAUGUGCGAGUGUGUGAGACUGUAUGUGUAAUAGAGAUAUGAGCAGCAGCUUACAGGUUCAUAAUAUUUGCUGCUCGGUUAUACUUUUCUGUAUUUAUUUUGUGAUAAAAUCAUGUAUCACGGCACCAUUUCACAAAUGCGUAUUCUAACAGAUGUUUUACAAUCUGAUGUGUUGGUCCAUUCAUUUCCUGUCGACAAUCAAAUGCUACUGAAUAUGCUUGUGAUUGGUCAGGGCUGCAAUUUGAGCAACCCAGCACUUUAAGAAAACAAAUGAUGCCUUUUUGUGAUGGUGCUUUAAUGGAGAUCAACAUUAUUAGUUGAUUUUUUUUGUUGUUUUGUUGGAAGUUUAUACUAGAAUAAUUAAGUUUACACCCGUGGUGCUCAGUUCAGUAACAUUUCAGGCCUCAUAUCCACAUGCCAGCAUGUAAAAUCUGGAUUUGAAACUGGUUUAACAGAGAUUGAGUCUUCACACAGGCCAUGAAAAUCACUUUUUUUCCCAUUUUGUAUUACUGUUAUUCUCAAUUUUCCAUUUUGCAUUCCUUUUUCAUGCAUGAGGAUGUUCUGUGUGGCUGCUGACAUCAGUUACACCAGAAAACAGCAUGUAUUGAAUUUUAUGGAGCGAUGUCUAUGAGCUGAAAAAACAAUAUAAGUCUCAUAAGUCUGGUCAGUCAUGUUUGGGACCACUUAGCCCACAAAGUUGAAAGUAAUAUGAUAAAAAACCAAAAUGUAUUUGAUGUGUUUGAAACUCCCCAGAAAAUGUUUACUUACCUGCUUUGUACAUUUGUGGAAUUGUGUGAUAUGAGAAAAUAUAUAUAUAUAUAUAUAUGCAUGAAGAUUGGAUAGAUUUUUACAUGCAUUCCUGUCUUGUGACCACUGGUUUGUAAACCAUUUUGUAAUCUGUUCAUUAAGAGAAAAAAAAGCUAUAAAAACCUACCUGACCCUUUGUGAAAAAAAGAGUAAUUGCCCCCUUUGUUAAAUCAUGAACUAACUGUGAUAAAACUAUUUUUUCAGUUCAAUUACACUGUUCACACCUAGGCCUGUUGAAUCCAGAAAUCACUUCAAUAGAACCUGUUUGAAUGAAGCGAAGUAUGCUGAGAGAUCUCAAACAGCAACACAUCAUGUCGUGAUCUCAAGAAGUUUAAGAAAAGAUGAAAAAAAGAAAAUCAUUGACAACUGUCAGUCUGAAAAGAGUUACAGAGCCAUUUCUAAAGUUUUGGGACUCCUUAUAUGUAUUAAGACAUUUUUCGAAAUUUUUGAAAAGGUCUUAUGUUUAAUAUUGGUGUGAGGAAAUUGUGAUUCUACUGUGUUGGAAUACAGUAUAAAAUGUUCAUUUGUCUCCACACUUGUGCCCACACUUUUGUAGCAGAGUGGUUCAGCUUGAACUAGAAAAAGUUAGAGGUUAAGUGGUGGUCAGUUAUGACCCUCUCAGUCAGGAUUUUCCUCUUACCACA